AUGGCGCCGUACAUGAAGUUUAUGUGGUUGAUUUUAUUGAUGUUUUUUCGUGUUAUUUUUUGUUGGAAUUCCGAAGAUUUUGAGUUAUUUGAUUUAGUUGAAGAAGUUAAUACUAAUUUUUACGAAUUGCUUAAAUUAGAUCAGAUAGUGGCUGUUUCGGAAGUUUUAAAAGAUGAAGAGAAACGUAAAAGAUAUGAUCUCAUAUUACAGAAUGGUCUUCCAGAUUGGCGUCAACCUGUUUAUUACUACAGAAGGGUCAGAAAGAUGAGUUUGUGGGAGCUGUCAUUUUUUCUGUUUACAUUGAUUACAUUAGGACAGUAUUUAUUAGCAUGGUCAAUAUAUUGGGAGAAAAAAUAUGAAUUGGAAGAAGUUCUAAUAUCAAGAUUCCGGAAGAAGGAAAAAAAAUCACGAAGGAACAAGCAAGGAUUGGGCGAAGAAUCACUAAUAGCCGAACACAUCAAUCAACUUCCAAAACCAAGAUAUCAGGAUCUUCUUCCGAUAAGGCUAGUGUCAUUUUUCUUUUAUUUGAUCAAGAGUGCACCCUUAUUUUAUCAACAAUGGCGAGAGAUCUGGUUAGACAAACCCAAGGAGUUUCAAGCGGAUGAUAGCGAAGACGAUACCGAAAGUAAAUUUUUCUCGAAUUUAUAGAGGUAGAAAUAUCGAAAAAACAAAUUUUCUGUAAGAAUAAUUAAGUUUAAUCAUUUAUAAGUUAAAAAUAUGCAUUAACAGAAUUUAAAAGUGAAUAAAUUCUUUUGGAUGAGGGCGAAUUACCUGUUUUUGUGGGGCGGUAGACGUUCGGAUGAGCCGGCACGACCCAAACCUAUAGAUGCCAGUGAUUGUGAAAGUGGUAUGUCAAAAAUGGGAAAAUAUUGAAUUUAUUUCACAAACUAUUUGUAAAACUUUACAAUAACAUAAAAAAAUCUAUUUUCCAAGAACUGUA